CCAAGUAGCCAAGACAAGAUGGUCGAUGAAGUUGCAGCUGAUCAACAACCAGAAGUCGAUGAAAAGUUAUACAGCAGACAAUUAUACGUGUUGGGUAUUGAUGCCAUGAAGAGAAUGCAACAAUCGAAUGUUUUGAUUUGCGGACUCGGAGGUUUGGGUGUAGAAGUUGCCAAGAAUGUUAUUCUUACAGGUGUUAAGAGUGUUACUUUGCACGAUACAAAGAAUAUUACAUUGGAAGAUCUCUCUGCUCAAUUCUAUGCAUCUGAAAAGGAUGUUGGUCUCAACAGAGCAGAAGUUUCCCUCUCACAACUUAAAGAAUUGAAUCCAUACGUUCCUGUAAAGAUUCAUCAAGGAGAAUUGAACGAAGAGUUUAUUACACAAUUCUCUGUUGUUGUUUUCACAGAUUCUCACAUUCCACAACUCUCAGAGUUGAGUGAUGUCUGCCACAAGCAUAAUAUUAAAUUUAUUGCUUCCGAGAGUAGAGGUUUGAUGGGAUCAAUCUUUUGCGAUUUUGGAACAGAUUUUACAGUCUAUGAUAAUGAUGGUGAAAAUCCAGUAUCAAACAUUGUUACAGAUAUUACAAACGGAAAUCCAGCCACAGUUACAGUCUAUGAUGAUAAACCAAGCCACCAAUUGUAUGAUGAUGAUUAUGUUCAAUUCGAAGGUAUUGAAGGAAUGACAGAAAUUAACAAUACUGAACCAGUCAAGGUUCAAGUUUCUGGUAAACAUACUUUCAAGAUUCAUCUCGAUACCACUAAAUUCAGUGAAUACAAGUCUGGAUCUGGUGGUUAUGUGAGACAAGUUAAGGUUCCAACAAAGCAUUCUUAUCAACCAUUGAAAGAUCAAUUGGUUAACCCAACUUGUAUUGAUUUUGAUUAUGCCAAGCUUGGUAGACCUCAAAGCAUUCACGUUGCCAUGAUAGCUCUCAGCGAAUUUGAAAAGAGAAAUCAACAUCUUCCAAAGCCAUACAACAAGGCUGAUGCUGAAAGAUUAUUGGAAAUUGCUAAAGAAAUUGUUCCAGAAGCUCUCAAGACAUCUUUGGAUGAAAAUGUUGUCAAGAUGUUGUCUUACACUUGUAGAGGUAAUUUGAAUCCAAUGGCAGCAUUUUUGGGAGGUAUUGUUGCUCAAGAAGUCCAAAAGGCUUGCAGUGGUAAAUUCACACCAUUGAACCAAUAUUUACAUUUUGAUUCUUUGGAAAGUUUGGGAGAAGAUGAAAGCAAAUAUCCAACUGAAGAAGAUUGUCAAUUCACUUCAACCAGAUACGAUGGUCAAAUUGUUGUUUUCGGUAAACAAUUCCAAGAAAAAUUGUCAAAUGUUAAGGAAUUCAUUGUUGGUGCUGGUGCCCUUGGUUGCGAAUAUCUUAAGAACUAUGCCAUGAUGGGUGUUGGUUGUGGAAAUAACGGAAAGAUGUUUGUUACUGACAUGGACAGUAUUGAAGUUUCCAAUUUGAAUAGACAAUUCUUGUUCAGAAGAAAGCAUGUUGGUUCACAAAAGUCUACAACAGCUGCUGAAGUUGUCAAGGGAAUGAAUCCUGCAUUCAACAUUGUUGCUUUGCAAGAUAAGGUUGCUCCUGAAACUGAACAAACAUUCGAUGAUGAAUUCUGGGAACAAUUAACAGGUGUCACUAAUGCUUUGGACAAUGUUCAAGCAAGACUCUAUGUAGAUUCUAGAUGUGUAUAUUAUUCUAAGCCUUUGAUUGAAUCUGGUACUUUGGGUGCUAAGGGUAACACUCAAAUUGUUGUUCCAAAGUUGACUGAAUCAUAUGGUUCAACUAGAGAUCCACCAGAAAAGGAAAUCCCAAUCUGUACUCUUAAGAACUUCCCUAAUGCCAUUGAACACACCAUCCAAUGGGCCAGAGAUUCAUUCGAAGGUUUGUUCAACAAGGUUCCAAAUGAAGUUAACACUUACCUCUCAAAGACUGACUAUUUGAAGGAACUUGAUAGUGAAAAUUCAAGGAAGAUGAUUUUGGAAAAUAUUUUCGAAUCACUCGUCAGCAACAAGCCAAUCACUUUUGAAAAUUGUGUUGAAUGGGCUAGAAUCAAGUUUGAACAAUUGUUCAACAAUAAUAUUCAACAAUUGUUGUACAAUUUCCCAAUUGGUAUGAUCACUUCAUCUGGUACCGAAUUCUGGGGAGGUGCUAAACGUCCACCAACUCCAUUGACUUUCGAUCCUAAGGAUCAAGCUCAUUUGGACUUUGUCAUUGCUGCCUCUAACCUCAGAGCUUUCAUGUAUGGAUUGAAGGGAUUCACCAAGGAAGAAUACGAUUUUGCCUCAGUUGUUUCAAAGAUUGUUGUUCCUGAAUUUUCUCCAAAGAGUGGUGUCAAGAUUCAAAGUGACGAAAAGGAAAAUAAGGAACCAGAACAAGAAUUAACUGAAUCAGACGAACAAGAAAUUAAAGUUUUGACCUCCAAGAUUCCAAAGCCUUCAGAAUUAGCUGGAUUCCGUUUGAAUGUUAGUGACUUUGAAAAGGAUGAUGAUUCUAACUAUCACAUUGAUUUCAUUACUGCUACCAGUAACUUGCGUGCCAGAAACUAUAAGAUUCCAGAAGCUGAUAGACACAAGACUAAGGGUAUUGCCGGUAAGAUUAUUCCUGCCAUGGUUACUACUACUGCUCUCGUUACUGGUCUUGCUUGUUUGGAAUUCUACAAGCUCAUGCAAGGUGCUGAAAAGAUUGCCACUUACAAGAAUGGUUUCGUCAAUAUUGCUUUGCCUUUCAUGACCUUGUCUGAACCAGCUGAACCACCAAAACAAACCUACUUGGGAGACAAGACAUGGACUUUGUGGGAUAGAUUCGAAGUUGAUGAAGGUAGAGAUAUCACCCUCAAGGAAUUGAUGGAUAUCUUCAAGGAAAGACACAAAUUGGAAAUUACCAUGAUGUCUGCUGGUAAAUCUUUAAUCUAUUCAUUCUUUGGUAACAAGAAAUCCAACGAAGAAAAGAUGAAGACACCAAUCAGUAAGAUUAUUGAAAAUACUUCUGGUCCUUUCUUGCCAAAGGAAAAGUAUGUCAACUUGGAAGUUUGUGUUCAAGAUUUGGAUAAUGGUGAUGAUCAAGAAGUCCCAUACAUUAGAUACAAGUUCAGAGGUUUUUAAAUGUAGAUAAAAAUUAAUUUAUAUUCA